AUGGCCUACUUUGAUCCACUUCCCACGCGGGAUGAAAGGCUCUUCAGCAAAUCGCCACUGUCUACACCUGUGCUGGUGGUGGGACUGGGUCCUGUUGGAUUGGUCACUGCACUACUGCUGGCGAGACAAGGAAUCAAUAGUACCAUUGUUGAACGGCAUGCCCUUCGACUUGGGCAGCCUAAGGCACAUGCUAUCAACGCGCGAUCACUCGAGAUAUUACGGCAGGCUGGCAUUGACCUGGACGAAUUGAGACAGAAGGGCGUUCCUGUGGAGGAAGGCGAUCGUGUCAGGUUUUUAACACACCUAACGGGAGAUGAAAUAGGGUGUUUGCCCUAUGAGAGGCAAGAUAAAGCCGUGGAGGAAUUGACUCCGGAACCUCUUUUCAAUCUUUCACAGCCGAUUCUGGAGCAAGCACUGCAAGAAGAGGUCCUUGGAACUGGCCGCGUUACGAUUCAUCGAUCUCACGAUUGGCAAAGCUAUGAAUACGACGCAGAAAGACAGAUUGUGAGGUCCAGAAUCAAGCAACGAGGGCAUAACGAGGUGUUGGAAGUGGAGUCGAAGUUUGUCGUUGGAGCAGAUGGCACGAAUUCCACUGUUAGGUCACGAAUCCCUGGAGUCCAGCUGGAGGCGAUCGACGACGAUAGAGGUCUGAUGAACUACGUUUCCGUACAUUGCACGAUGGACCUCUCUUCAUAUACCAAUGGACGAGUGGCUCAGUUGUACUUCUUUUGUUCGCCAGAUACGAGGCAUGGCGGUUUCAUCGGAUACAAAAAUCCGGAAUGGGUAUAUGCUCGGCCAGUUCCUGAUAUAACUCAGGAACCUUUGGGCUACUUUACCGUCGAGAGGUGCAAAAAAGAGAUUAAAACUGCCAUCGGUCCGGGCGUUCUGAGCGAUAUCAAGAUUCAUUCUGUGCAAAUCUGGUCAACGUGGCCGAGAACGGCGAGCUCCUACUCUGAUAGUCAUCAACGAAUUUUCCUAGCGGGAGACGCAGCGCACACAUUUCCACCGAUGGGAGGGCUCGGAGUCAACACCGGCAUUGCCGACGCACAUAACCUCGUCUGGAAGAUGAGAUUUGUUUUGGAUGGCUUGACAGCUACUCCUCAACGUCUUCUUAAAACUUACACCACCGAACGGAGACCCGUCGCGGUGGCCAACUCUAUUCAAUCUGCCGUAAACGAACAACAUAUGCGGCAGCUGGAUGCGGUGGUUCUGGAGACGGUCUCAAAUAUGUCAGCGGCAUUACCCGAGCUUAUGCUCCAAUCUCAGGUCAAGAACGAUAUCACCACGGCGAUUGAGCGGAAUCGAGAUCAUUUUGACAGUCUUGGUCUUCAAUUGGGAUACGUAUACAAUGAUGUCGAGGCUUCGAAGUCUCCGCAAGAGCUUCUUCGCAAAGAUUGCUCCCUAUACGAACCGAGUUUCGAGUGUGGUGCACGAUUACCCCACGCGUGGCUGCUUCAGAUCGAUGGCGUUGGAAGGAAGGCGUCAACGCUUGACUUAGUAUCCGAAAGGAAACUGACGCUUUUUGCAGUUAAAUUCCACUCCUCUUGGAUUGAAGAUCUGAAGGAUCUUGUGGUAGUUGUCGAUGUGAAGGAGCGGCGAAUUCCUGCGGCUUGGAUAAGGGCCGCACAUUUGUCUCCAUCGGCGGCGCUCUUAGUGAGACCAGAUCAACACAUCAUGGGAUUCAUUGGAUCGAAAGAGGACCUUGUAGAGUGCUUGAGUCUCUGCGUCUAA